AUGUUAUUCCUGUCCGUCUUAACCUUGUUUCAGCUCUCCGCAGCUUUACCAAGCCUACACUCACGGGCCUCCCAGUACCUUGUCGUUCUCGAUACUGGUGUAGGGCAUCGCAGCACACCGAUCCCCAUAUGGCCGACUUCUCUUCGCCGUAUCAACAUUGACGGUACUAACGCGGCUAACCUUACACAAUUCGGCGUAGUUGAGUCGGAUCCCAACACACUCGGACAGCCUAUACUUGCCUAUGCCCUUACAUACUCGCCGUCAACUUCGUCACUCUUCUCCGUCACAGGUCGGGGCGUUGCGCGAACCAACCUAGACGGUGGGAAUUUGGAAUACGUCUUAACCAAAGAGAGCGGCGCAUCGAGUCAAAUUGUCAGCAUUACAGUAGCCGAGCAAUCUCGAAAGCUCUACUAUGGCGACUCCAACACAGGCCUCAUCUACUCCUCAAACUACGACGGCAGUAACGUCGCUGUAUUCCGCAACGUGUCUCAAGGCCUCACCUUUCUCUCUAAGAACUACAGCUAUGCCAAUACACACGCCGGCGGCAUUGUCGUCGACGAAGCACGGGGCUGGCUCUAUUGGAGCUCAGCAAGUGACGGCAGCAUCCGGCGUGUCCUUCUUAGCGGCGAGGGGCAGGAGCAGGUUCUAGUUACUGGAGUCGACAAACCAGGCCAACUGCGUAUUGCAGGUACUUCCUUAUUCUUUGCCGAGCGUGGCUCAUGGAGCUCUUCGCCUACAGCUAUCAAGUACCUCGACCGCAUGAUUGACGAGCUUCCUGCAUCUCCAACGUCCCCUAAUCUAGCCGUGCCAACAGAUACUCUCAUUUCGUCUGCGCAGUCGUCGCUUUUUACCGAAGUCGACUAUACGGGCGAGAAGCAGACGCUGGGAAUUGAGAGCUUUGUUAUCUAUAGGAAUGGUGUGGAACAAAUCGUGUACUUUGCUGUCAAUAGUGCGGGUAGAACGUCGUUCGGUAAGAUAGUAGAGACGGUUUGGAGAGGGAGUGGAGGUAGUAGAGGUCCGGUCUUCAAGGUCUUGAAUGCGGAUACAAGAGACGUUGGAAUACCCGUUGGAUUAGAGCAUAUUUUCUAG